CACAGCAAGUCAGCAACAAUGAAGUUAUGGAAAUGGUCGGCAGCAACAAUGGAAAUGGUCGGUGUUGCCGUGUGAUUUUGAAGUUUUGAUGAACAAUUUGACCGCCCGAUCCUAUAUAUAUACCCAUCGGCUUGCAGAUCAUCCAAUCCACAGGAACAGAAACAAGCAGCCAAGCAAUCCCCAAUUCCCAUCAGCUCAGCUUCAGAAGCUCAGAUCAUCCAAUCCACAGAAGAACAGAAGCAAGCAGCUAACCAAUCCCCAAUUCCCCAUCCAUCAGAUCAUCUUCAGAAGCUCCAAUGGCGACUGUUCCCGUCGACGUGGUGGUGGCCGCGGAUGGCAGCGGCGACUACUCGUCCGUGAGCGCUGCCAUCGCUGCCGCGCCACUCAAGAGCAACAAGAGGCACGUCAUUCACAUCAAGAAAGGUUUGUACAAGGAGUUCGUCAUCCUGGGAGAGGACGCGUGGAACGUGACGUUGAUCGGCGACGGCAUGGACGCCACCGUGAUCUCCGGCAGCCGAUGCUGCGCGGAUGGCUUCCACACGCCGCAGACGGCAGUUCUGACUGUUCUCGGCAGGGGCUUCAUAGCCCGUGAUCUCCGCGUCGAGAACACGGCCGGCCCGAGGAAGGAGCUGGGGCAAGCGGUGGCGCUCUUGUCCAAUUCGGAUCAGUCCGUGGUGUUCCGCUGCGCCCUCCGCGGCUACCAGGACACGCUCUACGCCGAGCUCGGGAGGCAGUUCUACCGCGAGUGCAAAAUCUCUGGCACGGUGGACUUCAUUUUCGGCGACGCGGCGGCCGUGUUUCAGAACUGCGACAUCCUCGCGCGCCUGCCGAUUCAGGGACAGCAGAACACCCUCACUGCGGAGGGGCGAGACAAGCCCGACAGCAAUGGGGGCUUCUGCUUCCAGUCGUGCACGGUGGCGGCCGACGACGAUCUCGCCAAGGCAAGCGGCGUGGAAACGUACCUGGGCCGUCCGUGGAAGGCGUACUCCCGCGUCAUCUUCAUGAAGUCGACGAUUUCCAACGUGCGGCACGCCAAGGGGUGGCUGCCAUGGGAGCACGCCGCCCCUCCUGACACGAUCUACUACGCCGAGUACGACAACGACGGGCCAGGUGCCGCGGUGGGUGGCCGGGUCAAGUGGUCCGGUUUCCACACGAUUCAGGACGCCGCCGAGGCCAUCAACUUCACCGUCGAGAAGUUCAUCAACGGCAAUGACUGGCUUCCGGGCACGGGCGUAGACUACAAGCCCGGCCUUUGACUGCCGGUAGGAAGCUGAUGAUAUGUUUGAAUGACUGGUUUGGAAAUUUGUGUAGCAACUGCUCUCAAACCCUUAAUAAAAGUUGUAGUACUCUGAAAGUUGUUAACAUGGAAAUAAACCCCAACUUUGAUUGAAUGCUGUUUGAGUUUCAAAUUCACAAUCCAAAACAACAAGUUCACUGUUUUCACUGAACCUUACUGUUGUAACUGAAACUCUGUCUCAGUUUCGUGUAUCAGAAUUUGGAGUUUGUACCUUGCAAUCCAGUUCGUUUUUUACAAAACUUGUUUAAGAAAACUUGGAGAUCUCGUGUAGCUAUACGAUGUUUAGUAAGAAAUCUUGGUCUGUUGCAGCACGUUUUCACGAGUUUUUGGGCGC